AUGGAGAAGGUGCAGCAGCAGCAGCAUGUGGAAGAUGUGGGGCGGUUGCUGUUGCAGACACAGGAGCAGCUUCGUGUAAUGCGAGAGCAGAUGACGGCAGCUGCAGCGGCAGUGGAGGCCAAUGCAUCGCCAAUGCGUCACAGUGCUAUAGUGACAACAGCUGAGGUGCAGGCUUUCAACGCGAUUCUGCAGCAGACGGAGACGGAGCUUCGCUCCAAAGCGGAACUCGUGCUCAAUGGAAUGGUCAACAGCAGUAACAAUGCACAAAACAAUCAGACUCAGAGUGGAAAUUUUCUUCCUGCUGUCACGGUUGCUGCUCUGCCGUCGACCAAGCACCGAAGUGGAUACAAUGGAGCUAAUAAGCCUAGACAAAUGGACGCAAGCUCGAUUCCUAUGGAAUUCUUUCGAGAGCAAUUUCGAAACAGUAGCGUUGAAAUUCGCCAGUCUUUGAUGCCGUCACCUGAGCCUUGGCAACGACAUUUCGGAGUUCAUCACGGUCGUCUCAUGCGUAAGAAAACCACUCAACACUGUCGUCUAUUGCCUAGUGUCAACAAAGUUGAUCCAAGCGCACCGGCACCGGAAUUGCGCGAGGAGGAUGCCAAGCACGGUGUUUUAAACUUGGUCACACGCGGGUUCCUCCCUGCAUACGCAGAUCUAACUCCAGCCUUCGCAGGACCAAAUGGUACGAGCAAUGGCUCUUGCGGUGGAAUUAUGAAGCAACGAGCGACUCGAAUCUACGACCGCUCCGAGCAAGCAGUGCGGUCUACUCCUUUUACGCAGUCUACAGGGUAUAACCUGGCAUCACUGAAAUUCGAUCUUUGCGCUCCACCAACACCCCCACCUCCUAUACCUGAAUCUAAGGACCUGAUGCCUCCUGAAAGCACAACAAGAAGACGAAGCGUAAGAAAGAGUUCAGCUGUACAAGGCCCCAACCGAGUUACGAUGUCGUUCCCGAAAUCUGGCAACAAAGUGAAGAAUAGUCGAUCUGCUCAUCAAACUUCGUUAAUGUCAGCUGCAGUCGCUGCCUUCACGAACCAGGGCGAAGACAUGGACAACAACAGAGGCCGUUUCAGUGACGACGACGUCUCAGAUGAGGAUCAGGAAAACGAUGAAAAUGGCAAGGACGAAGACGCUGAGAUGGAGGAACUGGGCGCAAAUGUCGAUAAAAUCCGUGGUUACAACGAGCUGUUGGAUGCGUAUAGCUUACAUCAGUUUUUGAUUCACAAGGGACGAACCAUGCGAGACACACCCGAGUUUAUUUCGUUCCGCCGCGUGGCACAAGAACUUUGGGGUAGUGUCGAAGAAGCAUUACGAGCGCUGGAGGCUCUGCUGACCCAGUAUUUCGUGCCACUGGCUUAUGUUGAUGGUCAACGAUUGCUAGCACUCGCAGGUACCGGUCAGCCUCGAUUCUCCAAACGUGAACUUUUAUCCUGCAUCGUGAAUGAAGACCAGAUUAUGUCAGUGUUGCGACGUCCAGGCCAGCGGUAUAAAGGGAGAGAUCGUAAACGCCGUGCUGCUACUACAGUCCAAGCCUGUAUCCGUAUGUGGUUAGUCCGUCGGCGGUAUGCGAGAUCUCGAGCCAGUGACAUCAACGCGACCAAAAUUCAGCUAGCGUGGCGAGCUUACAGUUGCCAUACAGCUCUCAAAACUCGACUACGAGAAGUUCGUCGAGAGAAACUCGAGAAAUGGGAGAAAAGGAUGUGCACCCUAAAGUCUCAGUGGUCACAAAUCGCAGCACGCCGGCGUGUUGUGGUUCACGUGCCGUCGUUAUCCCUUGAUGAGCAUUAUCGUCUAAGUGCUGAGAAUUUUGCCGUACAGCAGAAUCUUCAACUUACUCGAGUGUGCGCUGUUGCACUGGACUCGAACGUGGACCUGCUAGUGUAUGUGUCGCCGUUCGAGCUCACAGCGGAUGUUUUACAGUAUUUCCUCAAACUGCUGCAACUUGGUGGUCUUGUGGACAGCGGACCUCGUGUCAAGUUCGUUUUUCCAGAGCAAUCCACACGUUUUCCAGCGCAUUUCUCGCUCUCGUCGUUGCUUCUCUACUCGCCUCAUUGUUUGCGACGAAUCCGACACUACACUACUGGCAAAGAAGCUUACCUUGUGAUGGGGCUACCUGGUGCUGAAGAUCAACGACUGGCGAUUGCUCUGGAUCUGCCGAUCCUCGGUGCCCCACCAGCUCAAGCUCUGCCGUUGCUCACUCGCUCGGGUGGCAAGCGGCUAUUGAUCCGAGCUGAUGUAAAUGUCCCCAAUGGCACCUACGAGUUGUACGAUGAACACGAACUCUGCGCAGCGCUUGCUAAACUGGCUAUCGCUCACAUGGAUCAACCGAAGUGGCUGAUCAAGCUUGACUAUGAUCCUCUUGGAGUGGGCGAAGCAGUCGUUGAUCUGUCAAACAUUCAAGCGAUGCGAGAGUUGCGUCGAGAGAAGCGGACACCCGAGUAUUGGCGCCAACCGGGGCCUCGUGAUGCAGCGGCGAAGAUGAUUCUGGCUGAACUAGAGCGUCCGGGGAUGCUAGCGAGACUUGCGGCGCCCAUGCACUCCGAAAUGUUCCCAACAUGGCGAGACUACAUCGAUGCUGUCGGCCAUUUCGGUUGUGUCAUUGAAGCUGUGCCCCCUACAGCCAUUGCUGCGUCUCCAGAGGCAUCAACAGCGCUGGUGGAACCGGCUUACGUACGUGCAAACUUGUUUGUUGAUCCGGAUGGCUCCGUACACGUCACGUCGACGCAGAAUGUGCUGGCAACUGGAGGUGGCGGGCUGAACCGGAAGACUGUGGCGUUCACGUUUCCUCAGACUGCAGCACCGCAUGAGGCGAUUAAGGGUGCAUGCAACGCUGCCGGGAAGUUGCUAGUGGAGACGAAUGUCUGGGGCUACGUCAGUUUGGACUUCGUGGUCUUCCAGGAUGAAAAGAGCAACGGUGCACCACGUCUAUGGGCUCUCGCCGUACACCCUUUCCUCACAGAUUCAGCUGCCAGCUUCGCUUGCUUCCACUUGCUCGCUCGCGGUGUGUUGGAUACCAAUUCAGGUGCCUAUCGAGUGGCAAGCAAAUCACUGACGACAGUCACCGGACGGAACGGAAGUGGCUGCACUACGGACUUGUUGUUGCGUGAAGCUUCACUGGCCAAAGAUUCGCUCGCAGGAGCUCCGCGGUGCUUCGUGGUGUGCUCGUACGUGUUCCAUCCGCACGUGACCACCAUGCAGUACACAGCUUUCUUCCACGCCUGUAGGUUACAUGGCGUGUGCUUCGACGUGGAGAGAACACUAGGCACACUCUUCCUGCUCGCAGAUAGUCUCACAGCAGGCGUCUUCGGCGUCUUGAGCAUUGGAGAGACUAUGGAAGGAGCUCUGGCGUUCCUGCGUACAGCACUGGAAGUUAUCGGUCGAGAAGCUGGCUCGACUAUCAACAUGGUUUCGUCUCCAUCCCGACCCGUAUCAGGGCGUAGUGGUAACUUCGCCCAGGUGUUGUCUGCUGUCCGAGCAUCUACAGGCGGCGGCAAGAGCGACAGACUUGGGAAAAUGCAGCGACGACGCCGAUAA